AUGUCAACAACCACAACAUCAAAACGCAAAUCUCCCACCACCACCACAUCCGACUCCUCCCCCAAAACCAUCCACUUCACCUCGCGCACACCAACAUGGACAUACCUGAAACUCCAAUUAGUAACCAACCCUCCUUCCACCUCCACAUCACCCCUCGACCCCCUCACAGCCCGAACAUAUCUCUCCGCCGCACUAUCGCAGUUCCUCGGGUUAAUGGGGACUACUAUACCCCUUGAUAUUCUUAAGGUUUCUCCGCCGCCGUCGUCGUCGUCAUCCACCGAAGGAGGGAAAACAGGGGGAUCAGGAAGCACAGUAUGGGCACGCGUACCGCGCGACGAUGCGGCGGCUGUUGUAGCGGCGCUGAGUUCGUGGAUUGGAGGGAGUACGGGUACGAAUACAAAUGGUGGUGGUGAUGCGGCAGGGGGGAGCAGUGUGGCGUGGAGGCUCAAUGGUCGCGGACACAGUCUAAUGGGGAGUGCCGUCCCGGCGAUCGGGCUAGAGUGCGUAUAG